AUGGUCCGACGAUUCUCCAAGUUCCCCAAAAAGCCCGCCGACUGGGUCGGCCCCGCGGCGCCUCUCUCCCAACGGAAGCAGAUCUUCCUUCCCGACUUCACAAUCGCCCUAAUCCGCACGCCCUUCCUUCCCCCCCGCUACGCCACCUUCUACGUGCCGCUCAACUUCAACAAACUGGAUAUGCGCGAUUACCUGCAGCGUCUGUACGGCGUGGGCGUCGUCAGCGUGCGCUCAUUCGUCGAACAGCAGAAACUGACGAGGUUGAAGUCCCUGGGUCGCUAUGGAUAUGGAAAGAUCCGUCGCCCGCAGUCUAAGAAGAAGAUGACGGUCGAGAUGAAGGAGGCAUUUGUUUGGCCCGAGGCGCCGACGGAUAUGGCUCCAUGGGAGAAGGACCAGUUCUUCAAGGCUCAGAAAUACCAGGAGGAGAUCCAGGAUAAGCAGAAGCCGGAUGCGGGGAUGAAGGCGGAUGAGAAGGAGAGGGAGGUCUAUAAGGAGGAUGCGAAGAAGUUGUUGGAGGGUGCUAAGCCGUGGAGGCCGACUUGGAAGGCUUUGGGGUUGGGGCAUUAUGAGAGGCCGUUGGUUAAGUCGUGA